ACCAUGGAAUACUGCAGCCCAGAGGUCUGGAACGGUGAAGGGUAUGUGUCAUUGCUGUAUCUGACCUUUGUCAUCCUUUGUAGUAGUACAACACCCCAAGCUGAAUCUGGAGAAAUUGUGUUGUAUUUAUCUUAAUUAGGAAACGAUGAAAAGAAAUGAACCCCAAAUGUAAUAAAUGAAUAGGUUUUUGAAAAUGUCCUGGUUUUGGGGAAGAUGCUUAAACCUUUCACUAGGGGGACCUCUGAACGCCUCGCAUACAUUUACAUUCUCAGCUACCUUGGUCCCGAGCAAGACGUCUGGGCACUGGGCAUCACACUCUUCACAAUUGUGUUUCGAGAAAAUCCAUUUACAGUCGAGACGGGUCCGGGGGAACUAUUGCCUGAGCACCUGCCAGGUCCUAUUUCAGAA